AUGUAUUAUCAAAUCUUAAGAUAUUAUAAAUAUGUGAAGCUAGUAGAAAAAGAAUCAGUAAAUGGAAAUAAUAAUAAUUUUAGCUGUUGAUGUAACUAAAAAAAGAAUCAGAGUUAUUGCCCUUUACUUAGUCAAAAUGAAGCCAUUAAAAGAAUUAUCUUACACAAAUGUUCAUUAAGAUAAGACAAAAAGGAAGAUGAAAACAUUUGUGUCCCUUGUCUACAGAUUUUUUUUUUAUGUAAAUUUAACCCUUAACCUGCUGAAUUUGUAAAAUGGAUUUGCCCAGCUUUGAAUUUGGAUCAAUCCAUUCAAAGAUAUAGGGAUUUUAAUAUCGAAUACCAAAAUUUAUCUACGAAAGGUAUGGAGCCUGGUCAGACUGCACGGUAAUAUACAAGCUGGCCUGGCCCUGUGCUGGUGGCAUGGUAAUAUACAGGCUGGCCUGGCCCUUUGCUGGUGGCAUAGUAAUAUACAGGCUGGCGUGGCCCUUUGCUGGUGGCAAAGGCUAAACGCUGACAUGGCCAGCAGGGUAAGGGAAAAUAUCACAACAAACAAAUGAUCAUUGUUAAAGAAUUAUUCAAAUAUUUUUGGCAAAAUGAGAGAGUGAAGUUUGACAUUGGUGUGGUAUUGACCUGUAACAAAAUGAAUCAUUAAAAGAUGUUGAUAAAAUCUGGAUCUGUUUAGAUCAAUGUCUUUGAUUUUAUAUCAAAAUGUAGUUACUUAUAAAUGAUCUAAAACAUUUUCCAGCAAAAGGAUUGGGGUCCAUUUGUUUUCGGAUUAUUCAUUAUCAAUCUUGCUUGGUAAUACCAUGGGUUUUUGUUUUCUGAAAAGACUAAAAAGACAUUUAUUUAAACAUACUAUUUUUAUGAUGAUGCAAUUAAAUGCUGCUUUUUCAAGUGCAGUAAAGAUUUAAAAGAAUGAUUUAUUUAAGUAAAUGGAGAUCAAUAUUUUGAUUUGAUUUCAGUCUGACUUUUUCAUGUCUCUUUGCAUAUGCAAUAUAUACAUGUAUAUAAAUUAAUCUUUUUCAAAUCACCCUUGAUCAUGAUGAAGUUUGUUAAAAGUUUUAUGAAAUAUUUAAAGAAAACUCUGAAAUUUGUGCGUUGUUUCAGCAAUUAGAGAUAAUCUUGGCUAGAAAUAUGUACAUGAGUUAAAGUAUUUACAGUUUAAUAUAAAUACAUCAGUAAUAAAUAGUUAAUUAGAACUUUAGCAUUUAAAGCAAGUAGAUCAAUAUAUUAAAUAUAAAAUAUUUUUUUCUGCACAGAAAUAUCAGCAUUUAGUUUUCGUACUUAUUAUCACAAUACUGAUUCAUUUAUAGAUGUUCAGAUUUUGGUUUUGCUGUAUUUAGUGCAUUAUAUUUAUAAUUAUACUAAUACGUGUGUAUUUUUUGUUUGAUCUUCUAACACAGACGCACGCUUCUAAUCAAGAAAACCGUUGCCAAGUUUUUAUCAAAAAGAAGGUCAUCUCGAUCACCAUCACCAUCACCCCCACCAUCUCCCCGCCCACUAACAAACAUCAAACCAGACCUACAACCAUCAGCUGAAAGUAGUCCUAAAAAAGUAGUUCUGCAAGAACCACCAGAAGGCAGUCCGAAAAAGAAGCAGAGGACCGAUGUCACUGAUGGACCAGUUACAAAUACUGUUUCCGAGGAAAUUAUUCAGAUUAGCAAAGCUCAGAGAGUUAUGAGUGAACCUAAAGGUAAUUUUGAUGGUAAAGACAAAUCAGUAACUGCUGUCAGUGACAAUGGGGCGAAUGUCAACAAAAAUAAAGGGAAAGUGGAAGAAUCUUCUGUUUUCAGGAGAGAUAGCUUGAUGACAGAUGCAGAGCAUAUAGCACGUCUCGCAAAAGUAACGGAGGCUUUCCGUCAACCAGGACAGAGUAAGAAAAUGUCUCAUGCUUUCAUGAGGCAGAUGAGUAUACAGAAAGAGGAGGAGGAGCAAACUCAUCUCUGUCCAAAGGUCGAAGGUCGCAUUGUUCAAAUUGAUGAUAAGAAGAGGUUAGCACUGUUGGCAGAGAAGAUAGCAAUGUUUGGUCAUAGUGUACAAAGGGAGGUAAUUCAAGAGAGUACAAGUGGGGAAAAUCUAGCAGCACUGAGCAAAGCAGCUGAUUUAUUCCCAUCAAAUAAAUAGAAAAACAAAAAUCUUACUUUUGUUAGAUGAUGAUUUGUAUUUAAAGCUCUUUUAACACUUCCAAAAUUAAGACAGUGUUCAAUAAUCUAUAUAAGAUAAAUACAAAUGUGCUGCCAAGAUACAUAGAUUUCAUUUUCCGUUAAUUUUGUACAGGAGAUGUAUAUUUACAGAGAAGGCAAAUAACUUAUUCAUGUGAUUCAUAGAAGAUAGAAAAAGUAAAUAAUAAUUUCUUGAUUUUAAUUUUUCUUUAAUUUAACCCUUUACUUUAAGUUUUAUAAACUGUUAAGAUUUAAUAUCGUGUCAAUUGUUACCCAUAUUGAGAUAGGUAACCCAACAUAAAGUCUGAUCAUAUUUAAAACAGUUUGCAGCCUAUAUGCUAACAAUUUACUUUUUUGAGAAAAAAAAUUAAUAGAAAUGCAAAUUCAAUUUCAAUGUUUUCAUUUUGUUAUUAGAUAUUUUAUCUUCUGUUACUAUAGAAAUUUUACCUGUAGUUACCAGUAUAUACCGGGUAUAUAUCAGCAUUAUAUUACAAAAUG